AUGCUGAAGCAAGCCCUCAAACCUUAUAAAGCUGUUGUGGCUGUUAAUCUCUACAAAGAUGCUUUAUGGAGUCGAAUUAUGAUGUCAAGUUACAGCAACAGACUUAAUGCUUUCAAAGUUACUGUCUCCUUCUUUGUCUAUUACCCAAGUUUACCUUUUGUAAUUGUCAAACAAUUGAAAGAUCCCUUACUUAGCAUUUUAAUGGAGGAAAUGCUGCUUAUUUUUAACUAUACAAAUUAUAGUAAAAUGCGGUUUUCUGGGAGGCAUAUUGGUUCACUUGCAACUAUGGCUUUAAAUCACAUGACCCAGACAAAAUCAACAUUACUGCUAGAUGUCGACAAGAAGAGAAAAGCUCCAGUUGAAGACACUUGGAUAGAUGAUCCAAGAAUCAUAUUUGUAAAUAAAGAGCAAAUACAACAAAGAGAAGAAGCAAUUGCUGAAAACUUUGGGGAUGGAGAGUUGCCUAUUUUGAAACAGCUGGAAUAUGUUUUGACUUAUCCUGAAAGUGAUACAUUUCAAGGUCUGUCUCACUUUUGUCCUCUGUCUCUUUCACUUUUGCUCUUUGUCUGUCAUUCUUAUGUUCUCUUUCUCUUGUCCUCUUUCCAUCUCUCUUUCUCUUCUUCUCUUUCCAUCUCUUUUUCUCUCAUUGUCUUUCCUUCUUCAUUUUCUUUCCUUCUCUCGUUCUCUUUUCUAAUUUCCUUCUCUUUCUCUUGUUCUCUUUCCUUCUUUCUUUCUCUUUCCAUCUCCCUUUCUCUCAUUCUCUUGCCUUCAUUCCUUCUCACUUUCUCUUGUUCUUUUUCCAUCUCCUUCUCUCAUUCUCUUUCCUUCUCUUUUUUCCAUGUUCUCUUUCCUUCUCUCUUUCCCUUGUUCUCUUUCCAUCUCUCUUUUUCUCAUUCUCUUUCUAUCUCUUUUUCUCUCAUUCUCUUUCCUAGUUUCCUUCUAUCUUUCUCAUUCUCUUUCCUUUUCUUGUUCUUUCCUUCUAUCUUUCAUUUUUUCUUUCUCUCUUUUUUUAGUUUUAUAAAAUAA